AUGUCAGCAGGCGUGUCAGAUCAGCGGAUGAAAGGACAGGGAAAUCAAGUGUCCAAUGGUCCUAAGGAACAGUUAGGUGUGGGAGAAGGAGCAGUAGGGUCUGAGGAAUUUGAACCAUGGAGGAAUCAGCAACAAAAUACCACAGCUCACACUGCUUAUGGUGCAUCCGUUCCAAUCUCAAGUGCAACAGAUAUUUACAAUAUGAGUACAGCAGGCUACUAUGGAAGUGGAGGGACCUAUCCGUAUCAAGCUUAUGGUGUAGGAGAUGGAACUUGGUCCAAUGGAACCGAUCCAAUGACUUUCUUGAGUGGGUAUCCCCACGAUUCUUAUUCAAUGGAUGGCAUGUUUGGUCCAUCAACGACAUUUUCGACUCCUACGGCAUUCGCCGGUCAACCGUCGUCCUUCAACUAUUUUCACAGCAACGGGGACUUCAACACUUGGGGGAGUCAGUUAGGGGGACAACGGAAGUACGAUGAUUAUUAUAGGGAUCACCCAAAUAUGUAUACACAGGCUAUGCCUGAUUCCAGUCUGAAAAGUGUAGAACAGGCCAUGCAAAAUUUGGAUCUAAAAGCAUCUAUAGACUCAAAAGAAUCCCUUGGUCAGCCAAAGAAGACGACAUGGGCAAGCAUAGCCAGUCAACCUGCUAAACCUCAGUUGCCUAUUCAAAACCAAGGUUUAAAAAAGAAAGGACCAGGUAUGCCCCCAGGUCCGAUAGUUCCUGGUAAGCACAAUAUGGAUAUCGGCACCUGGGACACAAACAAGACUCCACCUCAGUUGCCACCUGUGGUGACAAAUCCCCCUAAAAGCAUAGUUGCAUCAGCUGUUGCAGUUAGACCUGGUUGGACAGGUCCUCCGAAUAGUAGGCAAGCUCCACCGGUUCCAAAUCGCCCGCAACACCCAAUGCCUACCUAUCAGCCACAAGGUAUGAUGCCCCCCCACUUGCCACCACAAGUCAGUAUAACGCCUGGGCAUAUACAGGGAAUGAUACCUCCUCCAAUGCCUCCAAUGAUGGUGCAGACUCCACCAACAACCACAGCAGCUCUCACACAUCCUGUUUUAGAUGAAUUAAAAGGAAAAAAUAACUAUAAUCCAACAGACUUUGAUUUAACUGCGCCUAAUGCACGGUUCUUUGUUAUUAAAUCCUAUUCUGAAGACGAUAUUCAUAGGAGUAUCAAAUACGAAAUAUGGUGUAGUACCGAACACGGAAAUAAACGAUUAGAUAAUGCAUAUAGGGAACGUGGUAAUAUUUAUCUAUUCUUUUCUGUGAAUGGUUCAGGGCACUUCUGUGGUAUGGCCCAAAUGGUGUCGCCUGUUGAUUACAAUGCAAAUAGUUCUGUUUGGUCUCAGGAUAAAUGGAAAGGUCAAUUUAAAGUUCGCUGGAUAUAUGUUAAAGAUGUUCCAAACGUCCAGUUACGUCAUAUUCGUCUUGAGAAUAAUGACAACAAACCAGUAACAAACUCUAGAGACACUCAAGAAGUACCCCAUUCAAAAGGAGUGCAAGUUCUCCGUAUAAUGCACUCCUAUCGACACUCAACUUCUAUCUUUGACGAUUUUAUACAUUAUGAAAAGCGACAGGAGGAAGAGGGCAUACGAAAGCAACCCACUGCCAAGGAAAAUUCAGGAGGUGGUAGUGGAGGAAGUACCAGUGGUAGUCACGAAGGCGGAGGACACAUUAGGGAACAUAGAGAAAGGGGAGACAAUAGGGGAGGAAGGAAUCACGAUAGAGAUAGGGACAGAGACGUUGGAGAGGGAGGGCAUCGCUCUGGUGGUGGACAUAGGAAUAAUGAUCAUCAUGGUGGAAGUGGACAUAAGGAUCGCGAAAGUAACCGAGGACGAGGUGGCCGUGGAGGAAGCAGAAACUAA